AUGAAAAGAUGCGUCGAAAGAAAAUGUCGAACGAAGAUGGAAUCUUUUCUCGCGUGGGGGACGCAACUCAUUUUAUUGAAUGAGCAAAGUAUUUUGUUUUUUUUUUGGAAAUUAAUAACCUCUAAUGCAUUCCUUUCCUAUUUGACCGUUAAAUUUGAAUUGGAUUGUUGGAAACCAGGAGAUUUAAGGGGAUUGGGUAUUUUUAUGUUAAGAAAAGAAAAAUAUGUUAUGAACAUGUUAAAUAAAGCCUUGAAAGAUCAAAAGACAACCUCAGUCAAAUCAGUUAUGUAA